GACGUCGUGGUGAUGAUGAAUUAUUAGAAACAUUCAGCUUCCAUAAUCCGCGAGGUAAACGACGGUGCCGGUUGGUAGGUGGCGCGAUACGCCUCAUUGUACUCAUCGCCAUCGUCACCUUCCUAAAACGACGUCGCACCGAUCUCCCCUUUCCUCCUCUCCCUCUCUCUCACAGUCCUAAUUUGCCAAAAAGGAAGGCCAAUGGCAUCUUCUUCAAACUCAUGGAUGAAGGAAUAUAAUGAAGCACUGAAACUUGCUGACGAUAUCAGUGGUAUGAUUUCUGAGCAGAGUUCAUUUCCUGCAUCUGGACCAGAAAUCCAGCGUCAUUCAUCUGCUAUAAGGAGGAAGAUUACUAUAUUGGGUACCCGGCUUGAUAGCUUGCAAUCUCUAUUGUCCAAGCUUCCUGGAAAGCAGCCGCCCAUAUCUGAGAAGGAGAUGAAUCGUCGGAAGGACAUGCUCGCAAGUUUGAGAUCAAAAGUUAAUCAAAUGGCUUCCACAUUGAACAUGUCAAACUUUUCAAAUAGAGAUAGUUUGCUUGGACCAGAAGGAAAACCAGAUGCUAUGGCCAGAACUGUUGGCCUGGACAACAAUGGACUUGUUGGAUUUCAACGGCAAAUAAUGAAAGAACAAGAUGAGGGCCUUGAGCAAUUGGAAGAGACUAUAGCAAGCACAAAACAUAUUGCUUUGGCAGUGAAUGAAGAGCUGAGUCUGCACACCAGACUCAUUGAUGACUUGGAUCAGCAUGUAGAUGUCACAGAUUCGAGGCUUAGGCGGGUGCAGAAGAACUUAGCAAUUUUAAACAAGCGAACCAGGGGUGGUUGUUCCUGCCUGUACAUGCUUUUAUCAGUUGUUGGUAUAGUGUUUUUGGUUGUUGUCAUUUGGCUAUUGGUCAAAUAUUUGUGAUGCCAUAAUAAAUUGCCCAACUUGUCAAGCUUCUCCUUUUGUCUUUGUUUCUGACGUGUGCACUGAAAUGUCAUAACCGAGUUUCCCCAUUUCCCUUGCUACUCCUCAAUGACAUGGAAUUUGUUGAGGUCGUGAAAGGCGUUGUAUUGUAAUUGACAUAUAUAACUGUUUGUAUAUCGUGUGUUUUUCUCUUGUAAAAUAUUAAAGAUUUAUUGAUGUAAUGUUAAUGUGUCC